AUAUCAAACCAGAAAUUAGGCAAACUGACAAGUGACAGGUAUCAAACCAGAAAUUAGGCAAAGAAAAAUGGCGGGUAUGUGUUGCUAUAGUAGCCUUUCACAGACCCUCAUCAACAAGAAAGGGCAAGGUGGUUUCUACUGCUGCUCCCCUGCACCCAAUAAUCAGAAGGUGAAAACCCAAACACCCAAGUUGUUGAAAAUUGCAGUCAGUGGUGUCACUGAACUACUCAGGCUCCUCUCUUCACCAUCAACAAACAGAUUGGGGGUAUCUGAUGAUGAAGGGGGUGGAGAGCCUUUGGUUUAUAAUGUAGAAGAUGUCCUCAAGAUUAUCAAGUUAGAUUAUGAGAAAGCUUAUUUUGUUACAGGCCUCUUCACCAGUGGAAUUUAUGCAGAAGACUGUGUCUUUGAAGAUCCAACUAUAAAAUUCCGUGGAAGGGACUUGUAUUCCCGCAACUUGCAAUUGCUGGUACCGUUUUUUGAUAGUCCAUCAAUCAAAUUAGAAAAGAUUGAGAAGGGUAAUGAUUCUAAUGCAGAGGUCAUAGUGGCAUACUGGAAACUGAGAACAUCCCUCAAACUUCCGUGGCAGCCUCUCAUCUCUGUUGAUGGGAAAACGGUCUAUGAUCUAGAUGAACAACUCAAAAUUGUUAAGCAUGUUGAGAGCUGGAACAUUUCUGCUCUUGAAGCGGUUGGCCAGAUUUUUACGCCUGGUUUGAGGAGCUCUGGUGAGUGAAAAUUCUACAGAGCAAUGUUCCUUAGCUGAUAUUCUUUAUAGACGACUCGUGAAAAAUCAGAUUUUUCUAUUUGAGCUUCAAUACAGCAUGUAUACUCUGAUCUUAGAACCACCUCUUAGGCUCUUACAGUUUACUUCACAGCUCGAGUUGGAAAGACAGUUAUAUAGGUAAUAAAUAGGUGAAGUAAUUGCUCUUGA